AUGCGCGUCUUCUUCCGCCUGGGCGCACUCUGUGGCGCGUCACCCGUGCCCACGGCACUCUAUGCACUCCUAGGCAGCAUAUUCCUCUGUCUGGGACUACUGAACAUGCAGCUGCAGACGGAUCCGCAGGGUCUCUGGGUCCCUCCAAACAGCGUCGCGGCUCAGGAACAGGCGCGCGUGGAUGCGCUUUUUGGACCUUUUUUCCGCAUCGAGCAACUCAUUUUCUACGUCGACGACUCCAUUUCGGAUUCAGCCGCAGAAGUGGACCCUGAAGCAGCAACUUGUGACUCGGCCGCGGAUUUGGUCCAACGCCGCGUUUUGCAACAGAUGGCUACACUUCAGACCCAAAUUGCACAAACUGUCGUACACAGUGCCGACAAUGCAAAUGUGUCGUUGCAGCUCGAGGACUUUUGCUAUCGGCCGAUCCGAGGGAAGGGGUGUUUGGUCACGAGUCCGUUCCAGUAUUGGCUCAGCAAUGCCACAUUGCUCGAGAACGACCCAGACAUCAAGUUGACGGCAGCGUGCCAGACCACAGACCCAGAGCUCCAGUCCCACGCGCCGUGUAUGGACGAGAAUGGCGUGCCAGUGAUGAGGAACGUGGUGUUUGGCGGGUUGUCGCGAGACGACUGCCACACGAAUCCAGAUCCGUGCGGAGAAGCAACGCCUGCAGCGAAGGCUUUGAUUGUCACGUUCUUACUGAACAGUAAGCCGGAGAACGAGACGUACACGCGGUACGUUGAGUUGUGGGAGAAGGAGGUGUUUCUCAAGACGGCGGAGCAAGCGGCACACUCGCUCAUGCCUUCGAGAGGCAUCGAUAGUGACGAGUAUAUCUGGGACAGUGUGGAAGAUAAGCAGCUGGCGGACGCUGGCGUCGACGGCGUGCGACUUACGUACAUGGCUGAACGAUCCGUUGCUGAUUCAUUGGUGGUGCAGACGAAGCAGAAUGCCUUCAUUGUUGUGGUGAGCUACCUGGUGAUGUUUUUGUACGUGUCGGCUUCGCUGGGCAAAUUUCAGGAUCCAGUGCGCUCGCGCUUUGGACUUGGCUUCACCGGUAUCCUGAUUGUGCUCCUCUCGCUGGGUGCUGCGAUGGGCGUAAGCUGUGCGAUCUUGCAGAUGAAAGUGACGAUGAUCACGCUUGAAGUCGUCCCGUUUCUGGUGCUUGCUAUUGGUGUGGAUAACAUGUUCAUCCUGGCGAACGAAUUUGACCGCCUGGCAGCACGGCGUGGUCUUGUGGCGCUUGAUGAAAGCCGCAAUAUGCGUGAUCAAGCUGAGGAUGAGUCGUUGCUGUUGAAGCAAGUAACUGGAGAGACCAUGCAGAAUGUCGGACCAUCAAUCGCGGUGGCAGCCGUGACGGAAGCGCUGGCCUUUUCAGUGGGUGUUCUCACACGGAUACCAGCGCUGACGAGCUUCUGCGUUGUGGCGGGAUUGGCGGUUGUCGCCAACUUCUUGCUCCAAAUGACGUGGUUUGCCUCAGCGCUUGUGCUAGACGCACGCCGCGUGCGAGCCCGGCGAUAUGAUGUGUUCCCGUGGAUCCAGCAAACGCCCAUUACCACGCCGUUAAGUGAGGAAAGCAAGAGAAAUGAGUCAAAGGUUCACCGCCAGUAUGAGUUGCUUGUCGAGGACAGCGUUUCUGCAGAAGAAGUGUCAACACGUCCGGGCAGUGCUGGAGUGAUUCAGCGUUUUGUCGAGAAGACGUACACUCCGUUCUUGUUGCAACGUUCCACCAAGAUACUGGUGCUUGUGACAGGCUUCUCGAUCGUAACACUGAGUGCGUUUGGCUCAUCCGAAUUGCAUCUUGGACUACAGCAAGAGCUUGCGGUACCGACCGACUUUUACCUGCAUGAGUAUUUCAAACGACAGACAGCGCUUGGUGAAGCUGGGCCGCCGGCGUAUGUCGUCCUUGACGGUGCAAUCGACUACACCGACGGACAACAGCAAACGGACCUGAAUGUUCUGUUGGACGAGCUCUCGGGUUUGCGCCAGUACAUUGAGCUGCCCAUUUACUCGUGGUUGCACACGUUUAAUCAGUGGCGCCAAAUGCGCUUUUUCCUUCAAGACAAGAUCAAUCAAGGUCUGUGCGAUUGCCCGAUACAGCCAAUGGAUCCUUUCCCGUACGAGGUCACACACGUUGCGGAUAGUGACGUUUCCCUGGCCCCCGCUCUUGGGUACAAUGCAUUGGCACCAGCAGCGAACGUGACUCCAAAUGCGCUGUUCUACUCGUUGGUGAAGAACUUUACGAAAAUCUCGAUUGGAUCAUCCUGUUGUCAACAAUUUGGACUGUGUGGUGCGCAGUAUGAAGGCGACAUCGUGUUUGACGAGUCAAGUGUUGAUGAAGACAGCCAUGCAAACCACCUGAGCAUCAUCGGUUCUCGGAUGCGGUUUCAGCUGAAUGCGAUGCGUAACCAGUCCAUGUUUGUAAACUCGUACUACUACCUGCACGAUGUGACUAGUGCCUGGAGCUCCGGUCGAGUCGCUACUGCGUUCCCGUACGCUCUUAUCUUUGUAUUCGAAGAGCAGUACACAUACAUUCAAGGAGUGGCGCUACAGAGUGUGCUGUUGGCAUUGGCUGUCGUUUUUGCCGCGGUGUUUGUGCUGAUGGACGGAAGCUUGCGUUUGGCUGCUGUCGUCACUUUUUGCGUGUUGUCGAUGGCGUUUUCGCAGCUGGGGUUUCUUUUCGUGUGGAAUCUGCUUGCAGGACCCAGUGCUGAAACUUCCAUCAACGCGAUCUCGGUAGUCAACCUUCUUGCUUGCAUCGGACUGGGCGUGGAGUUCUGUGUACACAUGGCCCACCAGUUUUCGCUCUCUAGACGACGUCACGUAGGAGGCACUUCCGACGACCACACGCGCUACGCUCUGACCAGCGUUGGCGCGUCAAUCUUUUCGGGCAUCACGUUGACCAAGUUUUGUGGCAUCGGUGUGCUCGCGUUCGCACCAUCCAUGCUAUUUCGUGUAUACUUCUUCCGGAUGUAUUUGGGCAUCGUCGUGCUGGGCUGUUUCCACGGGUUGGCGCUGUUGCCGGUGCUGCUCAGUCUACUUGGCCAGCCGCAAAAGUACCCGAACGAUCUUGGCUCGUUUCUGCUGUCCGAAGAGCGCAGCGAUGAGUUCGAAGAUGAACCUGACGUACUGGAGUAG